AUGUGGCAUAUCCUCUUGCCCUUCCGCAUUCCCCUCCCCUUCCCCCCCACUUAUGAGCUCGCCCAGGCGACACCAGCUCGUCCAGACGACACCGCGUUGGACAUCUGCUGUGGCAGCGGCGAUCUCUCCUUGCUGCUGGCGGAGGAGGUGGGUCCCUCGGGGCGCGUGGUGGGGCUCGACUUUGCCGCCCAGCAGCUCGUUGUCGCCGCCCAGAAGCAGCAAGACAGCUACUCGGCCCGCAGAGUGGACAUGAGGUGGGUGGAGGGCGACGCCCUUGCCCUGCCGUUUGAUGCAAACUCAUUUGACGCCGUGACCAUGGGGUACGGGCUGAGGAACGUCACCAGCAUUCCACGUGCCCUGCAGGAGAUUCACCGCGUGCUCAAGGCUGGUAGCUCUGCAGCCAUUCUCGACUUUAACCAUACAGAAGACCCACUUGUGGCCGCAUUCCAGGAGUUUGCGCUGCAGAACGCGGUGGUGCCGGUGGCGCGCAUGUUUGGGCUGUCAGAAGAGUACGAGUACCUGCUGCCCUCCAUCCGCCGCUUCCCCACAGAGGAGUACGAGUACCUGCCCCACAGGCCUUCAGCUGAUAUCGUGUGCAUGGCUGUGUGUGUGCGGGUCACAGGGCGGCAGCAGGAGCAGUUGGCAAAGGAUGCUGGAUUUUCCAAGGCAGUCCAUUAUGAGAUUGGAGGAGGUCUCAUGGGUGUGCUUGUGCUGCAGAAAUGA